AUGGCGUUUCUUCGAUCAAUGACCAAAAUCCCCUGCCAUUCUUUCUACUAUGUCCCGAAACCCAGCUCAUUCUCUUCAUCACCACCGGCACUUUCCGGCGACGCUUUAGUGUCGGCCGCAGUCUCAAUCCUUAAACACCACCGUUCAAAAUCCCGGUGGUCCAACCUCCGUUCUCUCCUCACGGCUACUAAAGAUAAACGCCUGACUGCAUCACAAUUUUCUGAAAUUGCAGUUCAACUCCGCAACAAUGCCCACCUGGCUAUGCGGUUCUUUCACUUCACCGUCGACUACUCUCUUUCUUCUCACUCUCUCUACUCCUAUGCUACUGUCAUUCACAUUCUCGCUCGCUCAAGACUUAAGUUGCAAGCCCAAAACCUAAUAAAAUCAGCUAUGUCUCGGUUCCCUGAAGCCCAGCAGCAAGUUACUGCAACCCCGGUUGCGAUUCUGGAGGCACUGAUUAUAACUUAUAGAACUUGUGCUUCUGCGCCUUUUGUGUUUGAUUUGUUAGUCCGAGCUUGUUUAGAGUCAAAAAAGAUUGAUAUUGCCGUUGAAAUUUACGCAAUUCUGAAGUCAAAGAAUGUGUAUCUGAGAACUCGUACUUGUAACUUUUUGAUUGAAUCGGUGGCAAAGAGUCGAGGUUGUUCUGCUGGAUACAAUUUAUAUCGCGAAAUUUUUUACCUUGAUGUGGAUGAUGUGGUGAGAAAUCGGAGCUCUGCCAAGGGUGUUUGUCCGACUGCAAAUACCCUGAACGUGGUUAUGAUUGGUUUUUAUAGAGAAGGUUUGGUGGAUAAGGUUGAGGAGAUGUGGCAAGAAUUUGCAAGUGUUGGUUGUGUGCCGAAUAUCUAUAGUUUUAAUGUGUUAAUGGCAGCAUAUUGUGAUGACGGGAGAAUGAAGGAUGCCAUGAGGGUCUGGGAGGAAAUGGAUAAUAGAGGCUUGAAUCAUGAUGCAGUGGCAUAUAACACAGUUAUUGGUGGUUUUUGUGGAAUUGGAGAGGUUGGGAGGGCCGAAGAAAUUUAUAGGGAAAUGGUGAUGAAAGGGGUGGAGAGUACUUGUAUUACUUUUGAACAUCUCAUAAACGGGUACUGUAAAAUGGGGGACUUUGAUUCUGUAACGAUGUUGUACAAGGAUAUGUGCAGGAAAAACUUUUGUCCAGGGAGUUCCACGGUUAAUGUAAUUAUUAAGUCGCUUUGUGAUAAGAAUAAAAUAUCUGCAGCAUCAGAGUUUUACAGGAUAGCAGUAAAGAAGCAUGAUGUUGUUCUGGAGAAGGAGAAUUAUGAAAACUUGAUGAGGGGUUUGUGCCAGGAGGGAAAGAUAGAAGAGGCUUUAAAGCUUCAGGUGGAGAUGGUGGGAAAAGGGUUCAGACCAAAUUUAGUAGAAUUGGAACCAAAUUGA